AUGGGAUGGAGUACCAGAGGUGCAGGACGACAAUAUGAUAGUAACAAUGGUUUUGGAGCCAUUAUAGGCUGUUUGAGUGGAUUGGUUUUAGACUAUUCGACAUGCAAUCGUAAAUGUAGAAAAUGCGGCAAGGAUGGUCCAACACCGGAGCAUAAUUGUCGAAGAAAUUUUUACGGAUCGGCAAAGGCAAUGGAAGUUCAUGUUGCCAAGAAAAUUGUAGUUGAAAGUGAGAUUCUUCGAAAUGAAAACGUUGAAAUUGGGGUAUUAGUAGGAGAUGAUGAUAGCUCUACUAUUGCAGCAUGUAGGGCUGCAGCUAAUCAUCCAAUUAUCAAACAGUCUGAUGUCAAUCAUACGUCGGGAGGAGUGAAAAAAAAGAUGUACAACAUUCAAAAAAAUCACAAGGAGUUAACAAAGGAUUGCAUCAUAUAUCUUCAUAGAUGUUUUACAUAUGCUCUGGCUCAGAACAAAGGCAAUAGUGUAGGUUUAGCAAAUGCAGUUCGGAGCAUUCCUUAUCAUGCCUUCAAUGAUCACACUAAAUGUGGAUCACAGCGAUUAUUUGAAGAACUCAAGGAUAUCUUCGACAAAUUAGCCUCAAAUGCACAAAAAUUCUCGACCGGUGCAUCUAGCAACGCAAACGAAAGUUUAAAUGCAACCAUGGCCAGUAAAGCUCCUAAGUCUAGAAAAGAGAAUACGGAAGGUAUUACUUAUGAGACUAAUUGUGCUCUUUUGACUGAACCUGCUGUUCUAAUAAAUGAAGAAAAUAAUUCCGAUCCUGAAGAAGAUCUUUGUGAAACUCCUAUUAUCCUCCUUGAUCUAGAAACUUCUGGGUUUCAAGCUGACUGUGAUAUUUUACAAAUUGCCGCCAAAUGUAACAAAAGUACUUUCACAACUUAUAUCAAUCCGAUUCAACAAAUUUCACCAAAGGCUACUGAAGUUCAUGGUCUAGUCAAUUGCUACGGCGAUCUUAUGCAUAAUGCAACGCAUAAUCUUACUUUUGAUGGCCCCAGAUUGUUCAAAGCAAUCAUUAAAAACAACUUAAUUGAUGAUUUUUCAAUGAUAAUUUAUGGCUUUAUAGAUACCUUAUCGAUUAUAAGAAAAAUAACAGGUAGAAAAGACACAGUCGCUACCGCAGUUACGAUUUCAGAUACGGAGCAUAUCGAGGCCGGUGAACGCACCGAGAAAGAUGACGCCCGAGAGGGAAGCGCGCUCUCACACGCCGAAGACCCGGGGUGGAGUACCCGAACAAGGAGCUGUUGUAACGAGCCAGGAAAGAAGAAUCCGGUCGGAACCUGGCCAGUUCCCGACCGAUUCAAAGAAGGUUCGGAUCCGGAAACGGAGAAGGCCACGAAGGGCGUUAACGGCAGCUGCCAAAAGAGAAAGGCCGGGGUCACCUUGGAAAAACGUCACCGAGGGCCGAAAUAUCGAGGAGCGACGCGAGGAUCGAGAUCGCUAGAUAUAUCGAAGGAUCAAGAAGCGCUAAUCGAUAGCGCGGAUCUACAUGCGCAGGACGAUGCGCGGAAUGUCACCGCUGUCCGGCGAGCCUCGCUGUUGUCACUGUUCGGCGAGUCGGCAACCUGA